UUGAGUGUGUUUGUUGUCAAGCCAUCAGUUGUUGCAAUAAUACAUUUACUGCAAUGGGCUUUGGUCAGCUUCUUAUGAUGACUAUUCUGAUGUCCAAAACAGAGUCCAGAUCUGUGUUUGUACAAACAGGAAGCUCUCUUCAAAUGGACAUACAACAUGAAAAACUGCCACAGUUUAAAUUACUUACCUGGUUCAGUAAUAAAACAGAUGGUUCCGAAAAUUUAGUGAAAUUUACAAAAGGGGUAUUUCCACCUAGGCAAUAUAUAGAAAGAGUGAAUUUCAACAAUGAAAGCUUCUCUUUAACACUGAGGAACAUGCAGAAGACAGACAGUGGGGUCUAUGGAGCAAAAACAACGGGAGACGAAAUAAUAUUUGUUGCUGAGUACAAUGUACUGGUUAUAGAUCAAGUGGUGUCUCCUGUUUUGACUCUUCUAAACUAUACCCUCAUCAGUAUUAACUCAUGCGCUAUAAAUGUCACGUGUAGCAGUCCUGAUCUCACACUCAGCUCCAGCUACCAUAGCAACAACUGCAGUCAACAGGAAGUGACAUCAUCUGAACUUCACACCUUAACCCUGUAUUGUAACAAUGAUAUAGUUGCUUGCAACUCUAGUAACCCAGUCAGCUGGAAGAAUGAAACCAUAGACAUUCAACAAAUCUGUACAGCUCGUGAAACUGUGAUUCUAGAAGACAACUCAGAAGAAGACAGUAGAUUUCCUUCACUUAACUUGCUUAUAGUGAUAGCUAUCAGCGCAACAGUGCUGCUUCUAGCAGGAACGGCUGUAUUGUAUUGCUCUUACCAGAAGUAUAAAAAAGGUGCUGAAGAAAGUCAUAACACAGUCUAUGCAGAGGUUGGGACUAAUAAUGAAGUUCAAGGAGUUCUAGAGAUGUCAGAGAGAUCAGCGAAUCUACAAACAGUGUACAGCGUUGAAUAUAACAACAUGCAGAGUCGACAAAAGCGGAUUAGCAAGAGUGAACAUCACAUAUACGAUGAGUUUCCAGAAAUGAUGUGCCCAAGGGUGCAGGGAUGUGAUAAUAAUCCUCAGACCACAUACUGCAAAGUGGGACAACACCGAAGGCCUCCAGAUCUUACAGAAAACAAUCUUUCCAUUUAUUCAGUGGUGUCUAAAUUGCCAGAACCUGUGGAUUGACAGAUUUUAAUGUGUGGUUUGUAUGCUGUACUUAACGUUGUAUGUUGUAUUACUUAAAGCAGAUGUUGUAGUAUUGAACAUGUCACCAUUAUUCUCUGCUAACAUAUUUCUUCAUGAAACUUUCACCAAAUGUUGGUAACAGCCCAUGCAAUUCACAAAUGCAAAGAAAUCAAACCAUAGAUGUCCAUAAAGUAUGUGUAAUUAUGUAAAAUGACACAGGCAAAAGUAUCGGACCACUGAAGAAAAUGCGGUGCAAAAGGUCGUGGAAAGCCAAGUAAUAAAUCCUUGUUGUCUCUCAAAACCCCAUUUUCAGUGCAACUAAUAACAGCUGGUUCAGUCUCAACCGAUGGCCUAUGAAAUUGUCUCUAAUUACCAAGGUUCAAUACUUUUCUGGACAUCAUUGGUUUGAUUUUUUUUGCAUCUGGUUAUUUUACCCGCUGUAUACCAUAUAUUGUUUCUAUGCAUUUAAAUUAUUUGAACAUUUUAUUGUAAUAUAUCAUGUACAUGCAUUAUUAAGGGUUUUGUUUAUUAUCCUGUGCCAUAGGAACACUGACCUAUAGGGCACAAAAAUUCACUGUAUAGGAGAAAGGAAAUGAUGACUGAGGCUGUUAGCUGCUAUCAUCUUGCCCAACAUCUCCUUUAGUUGUCUAUUGAAGAUAAGAGAGUCAUACAUGUGUAGAAUAACAUGAAGAUGAAUAACUGAUGACAGAGUUGUCAUAUGUUUUUUACUUUGAGAUCACAUGUAUGGCACUUUGUGGCUAAAGCAGAAGUUGGUUUGGUUUAUGUCUAUAUCAGUGUUGUUUCUCUUCUGUUUUUAUUAUUAAUUAUUUAUUAACUCUGUUUAACUUGUCACACAGACAUAUACACAGAAACUGUUGAGCAUGAGUGGGAGGUUAUCUUUUCUUCAGAUGACUCGGACGGAAACUUUGGUUAACUUUUUAAAACAUAUGCUUCCCCCUGAGCCUCAUUGAUCAUGUGACUCAUGUCACUCUUUGUAAAGCUUAUUUUUAUCUGGUUAUAACUAGCAUGCAUUCAGUGUGAAAUUUGCAAAAGGUGUUCAAGAGGAAGGAUGUGGUUCAGAGAUUGAGUGUUACCAGCAACGUUUAAAGUGUUUGACUGCAAACAACUGUAUGUUCUUUUAUUAUAACAACACAUUUUAUUAAAUCUCUUUUUGAUUUAAUUUUGUAAAUUAAUUUUAAUGUAAAUGUACACACACACACUCUUAGAACGGAUGUGUUAAAAACAACACAUUAGUGUUAGUUUAGGGACAAAACACUAAAUGCGUUGUCCCAGAAUCCACACAUAUCUCUGUGUUAUAAUUUAACUCAACUUUAGCACAAAAUCAACACAAAAUGACACAGAAACACUUUACACUGCAUUAACACAUCCUUUCAUAGAGUGCACAUUUACUUUAUUUAUCUAUGAAUGUAGAAAUUAGUAUAAAAAGCUAAAUAACUGAUUGUUUAAAGUGGUUAAAGGGCUCUCAGUUAAAUAAAUCUU